AUGUCAGUUGUCUGUGGGCAUUGCAAUGCCAAAAACUGGCCUGGAGAAUCUGCAGGUUUGUGUUGUUCAGACGGUAAGGUACAGUUGCCACCUUUUCAAGAGCUACCUGCUCCGUUGAAAUCUCUGUUGGAGGGUUCCAGUCCAGACUCCAAACAUUUCCUCGCAAAAAUCAGACAAUACAAUUGUACCUUCCAGAUGACAUCUUCUGGUGGUAAUGCCUUCCGCGAAGUCAGUUGGAAUCCCACCUUCAAGUUUCAAGGUCAGGUUUACCACCGGAUUGGGUCUCUUUUGCCGGAAACUGCCAUUGAUUCGGCCUUUCCACAAAUAUACUUCAUAGCUGACUACAAUCAACAGGGAGAUGCCCGCAUAGGCAUUAUUCUCGAGAACGAUACAGGCCAGCACAAUCAUCCUCGCAGGGAUAUCAUAAUGUGUCUCCAACAAAUGCUCCACGAGAUAAACAGCUAUGUCCGCAGUUUUAAGUAUGCUCUCAAAAAUAACACUUCUUCUGAUUUCAUUAUUGUAAUUGAUGCUGACAAAUGGCCUCAGAGAGAGCACGUAUGCAAGUACAUCAACAAAGAGACUGAUGCUGCAAUGUUUGGUAUUAGGCAGGAAGGUUCCGUAGACGAAAUCCAGGACUUCCUUGCAGGGCGCGUCAUUAGCAGCACAGAGGGCCCUUGGCACAUAUUCAGCUUCCCCAUCCACGAACGCUUCCCAGCAAUCGUCCAGCUUACUGUGCACCUAGAAAACGACGAACUUCGUUAUUUUUCUGCGGAUGCAGCAAUGCAUGUGGCUGCGCGUACCAAAGACACAACGCUUACAGCAUUCUUCAAACUUUGUCGACAGGACGAGUUUGCUAGGACUCUACUGGGCUCGGCGGAAGCACGAGGCCAACGUCGAGGGCUAUCCAGGCGUCAAAAAAGACGCCACACUCGGAAGGGUAUUCACGGUUCCCCCAUCGCGACAGGAAUGUCUUUACUUGCGACUCCUUUUGCACGAAGUUAA